AUGGUCUACGAUCGAUACCCAGUCACGCCUCCAGCUGAAGGCACCUACGCCAGCAACGCGUUUCGCAAUAACGCUAAAGGCAACGAUCUUGACAAGGAGGCCCUUGAACGCUUCAAGAUCCGUGAGAUCUGCGAGGGAUGGGGGAGCUACCGCGAUGCCGCUGAGUCCAACUACCGUUCUAUGUUCUUCGACGAUGCCUACAUUGCAACCUCCUGGAAGCAGGGUAACAUCGAUGAAUUCAUUAAAGCCUCGAAGGAUGGUUUCGCCGAGGGCUCUACUUUUAUGUACAUCAUGCACCGUAUCUGCGGUUCCUCAGUUGAGGUAAACCCGGAGCUCACCCGCGCCGUCUGCAAGAUGAAGAUCACUAUUACCUGUCGGUUCACUUUCGACGGUGUUGAAAUGGACAACGAGUCCGACUGCCGCUUCUUUUUCCUUUUGGAGAAACGUCAGGGUCGGUGGGGUGUCUGCUUCUACACCCUCCUCUUCGAUAAGGACAAGUUCAUUCCGGUCAACCCGGCUAAGACCUUCCAUAUCCCCGAGGAGGAGGUUGAUAAGUUCCCCUCCGGAUACCGCUACCUCGCCUGGGCGGAGGUUAAGAUCGGCCACCCACCUAAGCUGAACCUCAACAGCCACGGCCCUGAGCGUGACAUUCUAUAUGGCAAGUGUAAGGACUGGCUCGAAGGCAAGGCCAUUAAGCCUGAUCUUACUGGCCCUGACCUGCCCGAUUGGAAGCCCUAG